GCGCAGCUGGCGGGGGUGGCCCGCCCGGCGCGGUGUCCGCACACUCCCGCUGGCGGCGGGGACGCGGCCUCAGCCCGGUAGCGAGGCGGGGAGCGACCGGCGGGCGGCUCCGCGGCCCAUGGGAGCGGACGGCGCGGCGUGAGCCGGCCGCCGCGGGUGCGCAGGGGCAGGCAGGGAGGCGGUGGGUUGGCCGGCGGGGCUGCCCCGUUGGUUGCGGCCGCCAUGGAAGUGUGCGAGAGCGGCGGGGAGCAGCAGCCGCUGCUGCACUGGGACCGCAAGCUGAGCGAGCUGUGCGAGCCCGCCGACCCCGACACCCUGCUGUGCCACACGCACUUCACAGAGUUCCUGGAUGAGUUUUCACCAGAUGUCCUAGGCCAGCUCUUGAAUGAUCCCUUCUUGUCUGAGAAGAAUGAAAUAAUGGAGGUGGAACUGUCUCUGGCGUCCCCAGCACCCCUCAUCCAGGCAGAACACAGCUACUCCCUCUGCGGGGACUCUCGGCCCCAGUCUCCUUUGACCCACAUCUCGACUGAUGACAACUUCAAUGAAGGUGACCUGGAAAAUGAGGAAUGGUGUCUGGGUACGGAGCUGACUCCAGCAGCAAUAAAGACUGAGCCAGUGUUGUGUGAAACAUCAGGCCUUGCUCCCUCAGUCAGUCUCACUGUCACGGCCACGUCGCUGGAUGGGGAACAAUCUGAGCUACAGACGGAUGCCCUGAUGAAACCACUUGGCCAGAAAGUUCUUCCAGAGAUUAAAUUGGAGCCCCAUGAAGUGGAUCAGUUCCUGAAUCUCUCUUCUAAGGAAGCAGUGGAUCCUCUGCAUUUGCCUCCAACCCCUCCCAGCAGCCAUGGCAGUGACUCUGAAGGAGGACAGAGCCCGGCUAGAUCGCUCCCUCCUUCAAGUCCAAUCCAACUACAAGCCACGGCUAAAGUGACAUCACGCACAACUUCAGCGCUCUCCAAUUCCCCCCUCCUGACUGCACCACAUAAAUUACAGGGGACCGGCCCACUUAUCCUGACAGAGGAGGAGAAGAGGACACUGAUAGCAGAGGGGUAUCCAAUCCCUACCAAACUGCCUCUGACAAAAGCAGAGGAGAAAGUGCUGAAGAAAAUCCGCAGGAAAAUAAAGAACAAGAUCUCUGCCCAGGAAAGCAGAAGAAAAAAGAAAGAAUACAUGGACAGCCUGGAAAAGAAAGUUGAAACUUGUUCAAAUGAAAAUAGUGAGCUGCGUAAGAAGGUUGAAGUCCUGGAGAAUACCAACAGAACGCUUCUGCAGCAGUUGCAGAGACUCCAAGCCAUGGUUGCUGGGAAAGUGUCCCGUUCAUGUAAGGCAGCUAGCACACAGACAGGGACCUGUCUUAUGAUGGUGGUGCUGUGCUUUGCAGUAGUUUUUGGCAGCUUCUCUGAGAGCUAUGGGCCGUAUCCUUCUGCUACAAAGAUGGUGUUGCCCAGGCAGCAUUCCUCACCAGAGUCCUACACAGACUCCAUCGUGAGGUCAAGGAGUCUGCUAAUUUAUGAAGAGCCUCAUCAACUGGAGGAGUCGUCAAGCCCGAUCUCCUUUGCAGAUCGCAAUGACAGGCAAGCAGACACCUCCAAGUACACAGCGCUGUCCCUGGAGGCCAUGCCAGGGACGCAGCAGGAUGAUAUCAUGCAGUUCACAAUAGCCAAUGAGACGAGGCUGGAGAAAUCGGUGCUGCUGGGCCUGCAGCAGCACAGAGUCAACGCCGAACUAGAAGGAAAUGAAACACUGAAGAUAAUUGAAAUAGAUAGAAGAGUCAAUGCCACCUCUUAAAAAUAAAAAAAGGCCUUUUUUUUUUUUAUUUCACUCUUUCCCACAUAUUUUCAACCAAAGUCCCCCUGAUUUGUUAUCCUCAGUGAACCAAAGCACAAAAGAGAGGGAGUUCAACUUCUGCAUUGACUGGUGAGGCUGUAACUGCAGAAGGGAUCUCUUGUCUUUGUAACUCCUCACUUCACACACAGUCCCUGUCUUUGCUUUUAUUCCUUUCCUGCCUGAUACUUGCAAGGGUGGGAUUGAAUUAUGAUGGCAGAUGAUGCCAGCAGUGUGCCGGUGACUGGUGGGUGUUUGUACGUGCACGCACACAUCCUAAUCUGAGCACAAAGACAUUCUGUAGCAGAGUGGAAUAUGCCAAACUGAUGGGAGUGUGUGGGUGAUAGGUUUUGUGGGAGAGGGAACUGAGAGAAAGAGGAGAUGCAGCAUACUGCUGCUCAGAAUCCAGCCACAGCUCCAUGCCUACUGGCCUACAGCACUUGAGCCUUUUGGGCGGUUGAGGAGCAUAUUGCGUAGUCUGCUUCUGAAGGAACAAGAAUGGGCUCUGAUACAGUUCAGUUAACAACAGAGGUGGGAGAGUGGUGGGCAGUGAUGCUGCUGAAUCCUGACCUCUUUCUCUUUUCUCCGCUCCAGCCCCUUUAUCAUUUAGUGGGGUAGGUUUCUCUCUGGGUUGAAAGCAGUCCUCGUAGGCUUCCCUACUGCUUCCACCCUUGUGGAAUUCAAGCAAAGAUCAGUUGCUGUCUUCUCACACUUCAUCCGUGUAGGAGAAUUACACUAGUUUAACUAAACCUGUUUGGAAAGCAGCUUUUGUUAAAUUGAUGCAAUGUUUUAGAUGGAUGUCCUUUAGUCUGCUUAAGACUAAUCUAUUUAGCUUAAAUCAGUUCUUUCCCAACAAACAAAAUCAAUGUAAGGCUUAAACCAGAAGUGCCUCCUGAGAGGACCAUAUGGAUUUAAUUUAUUGGCUUUGAGAUGCGUUGAUGGAAUUUCUUAUGUAGACCGGGUCCCAGAUUUUCUUGUUUUCCUUUCCUUUCCUUGCCAUCUUCCUGUUACUGUUGUAAAUAGUAUUUAUUAGCUUUGCAAAAUCGUUUCCAAGCGGUCGCAAUGAAGAGAAUUGAGCUUCCCUAACCCUACAAGUGGUCUGGGCAAACUCUGAAAUCAGACACACAAAUAUCCCCUUCCUCUCCAAACUUGAAUUGCCCUAAAAUACAGCCAUGGGUCUUAUCUUCCUCUUACCUCCUUUUCUAGAGAUGUGAUCUUAGACCAACCGAUUAGCCAAAACUCCAACUGGAGGUGGUAGACACCAUGUUAGCUGUAUGGCAAGACAGCCCCUGACUUGAGGAAUUAAGUAUGUAGGCAGCAGACAAGGCAAGAGAGGGAUGAGCUGGGCAUAUAGGGAGUUCAAUGGAAAAGCCAAGAGCAGUGUUCAGGUUUGAUCCUGGUCCAGUACUUUUCUCCCUGCUUUAUUUCCUCCUUGUCCCAUGUAGCUGGUGCCUUUAAGGAUUUUCCCUCUCUUGGUACUGUGGUCAUGUCUCUGCAUGGACCAUUGAGGAUGGAUUUGAUGUGAAAAUCCUAAUUCAGCAGGCUAGCACAUAGCUAUUCUAUAGUUUACCAGAAGUAGUCAAUUUUUUAAAAUAAUUAAAAAUUUUGAAGCUCUUUUUCUUUUUUUUUUUCCUAAUGAUAAAUAAGGGAAAAAUUAAUGUAGCCUUAGAAGUAAUUUUUUACCAUGUACAGUAGAUAUUUCCUGCAAAUAUUCUAUUUUGUAAAAUACUGCAUUUCUAUUUUAUUACAGCAGCUGCCACACCAGCUCCUUUCUUGAUCUUCAUUCUCCUUAGACUUUCUUCCUUCAGUAGCCUAUUUUGCCACCCUCAGGCCUGACUCAAAACCCAGUGGAAUUAAUGGAAAUAAUUAGGUGGGUUACAGCAGGCUGUGGAUCAGUCAGAACUGUGCCAUUUUAAGGUGUUUCACAUUAGUGACAGUGAAACAUGUGCCUGACUCCGUGAAGUUGUAAUGAGUUUUGGCAUACAGACGUUCUUCCUAGGUAAUGCCCUUUUCUUCUGUGCAAGUGCCUUUUUAUUACUUUACCUGUGGUAGCAAUGAGAGGAGAAAUGUCAUUGUAGUCUAUUUUGCAAGUGUUCCCUUCUUGGCGUGGGUCAGUCUCCUCCUCAAAGCCUUUUUCCCUUUACAGUGAUCCUGCUGGGUCCUCUGCACCAUUCCAGUAUCCACCAGCAGCUUUUGUAUGGGCUUUUUUGAGCAAUGGUUUAAGGCUUCACAUAAAUAACGAACACCAGUGGGUGCCACAAGGGAUGGCUGCAUUGCUUUGCCACUUGAGGUCCACAAAGUGACAGGAAAAGGCUGGGACUGACCCUUCCCAACCUUACACUGGUUGGUCAGUGUAAGUGGGCAAGGUCACAGCUUAGAAAGUUCCUUAAAUGGUCCUUCUCUUUCCAAGCACCCAUGGUUUGUCACCUCUGAGAGCAACUGAAUGGUUAAGUCUUCUGCCAAAGAGGGCCCAGGCUGUGGAGCACAACACCGCUGAUCAGUCCUGCGUUUUGCACUGUGCCUAAGUAGGCGGCCGCUCUGCUUGAGCUCAUGCCCUUCAUCAGUUAAAUGGAUCACCUGCCAUUGCAGACACAGCUGACUUCACUGUAUUAAAACCAAAAUUGAAUUAUUUCUCUGUCCUUAAAAGACGGAUAAUUUUGCAAAACCCAAACACUACCCCCCCACUCUGAAACGUACUGCACUAGUCACCAUUAAAGCUUUGCCAUUUUGUUGGCUUAAUUUGGAGAUGAUGUUUCAAAUCUGAUUGGGAGAUAGUCAUGUUUUCAUCUGGAGCAUUUUAAACUGGCCACAGUCUGGGUCAAGCCUCUGAACUAAUUCAUCCAAGCCAGAAUGGCAAUACCAAUUUUUCUUGUAACUGUUUGAUAAUCUAUUUCUAUAAUCUUAAUCUGUGUAAUCCUUUAAGUUAUUUUAAGAUACUCUUUUGGGGAAUCUCUUGACCUAGUACACACAUUGCUUAGGGAUUUAUUAUGUUGAAUAUUACUUCUUUAUAAUAAGGAAAAACUUUGCUUUGCUUUGGUACGUUUGCAAUGAUUUUUCUUCAGGGGCCUUAGUAGAACGAGUUUCUCUGCUAAAUACUAGAGGCCAAAAAAUCACCUGUCGUCACCUACCCACAGGCUGUCGCUGUCUCCAGAGGUGGUUUGUGCCCGUGCACAUACCUGGCAAGGGGACAGAGGAGGCAGGACACGUGCGAUUGCCCUUCCAACCCCAGCGGUGUAGGGGUGACCCAAAUGUGAAGGCUGAGGCACUGCAGACAGUGUGGAGAGGCAGCUGAAUGUGCUCAGUGUUAAGGGCACAGGGAAAGGGCAGUGAGGUGUAUUCAGGGAGGAUGCCAGUCUAAGUGCUUUUAAUUAAUUCAGCUAUAUUACUUAAGGUCUUAAGUCUUCUGCCGGUAUACUUUUUCCAGUCAUCAGUGACCUGGUGCUGUAGAAUAGUGUGUGUGUGUGGACACGAUAGGCAAAGGCUUUAUGUGCUACUUAAUUUCCAUUUCCACUAGAGGACUUAAGAGAUCCUUGGAGUCUUCAGCUAUAACAUUAAGCUGCUUGUCUGCAUUAUUUCAUACACACUAGUAAACUUACCUUUUGGCCCAUAGCUUUAAAGCGUGUCUAAAUCUGUCGGAUUUUUGCUUCUAGGGAGAUAAGCUAUGAAGGUAUGUAGGGCAUUAUUAUAUAUAUACAUAUAUAUAUAUAUUUGAAAAGUAUAAAGCAGAGGGCAUGUGACAGUUCUAACCUUGUUACCAAUGUGUAGAUAGCGUGUGGGUUUUUUUGGUGGGGUUUUUUUGUGUGUUUAUGGUUUUUGUUUGUUUGCUUGUUUUUUUCCCCAGGCUAUUUCUAGUUCUUUGCAUUUCUCCUACUUCAUAUGUACUAUUAAAUAUUCUUCAGCAGCACAGACUAAUAAUGCAUUAGGCUGAGGUUCUUAGGCCAGAUCCCAGCUGAUAGAACACCGCACACUUCUCACUGGUUUAGGGGCUGCAGGUCUGAUUUAUAGGGGCAAGGAACCUCUUCCAUAUCUCUCUGUGUAACAAUGUGCCUCAAUGUGUUCUUGUUUUUUCUAAUGUAGAGCUGAAAUAAAAACUUUCUGUUUUUUUUCCCUGCUAAAGAAACCAACCCACCUCUCCACUCCCAUCCCCCAAACUAUCAGCACUGAAUUCUGUCUAGACGCAUUUAGAAUAUAGGUCAAGUAAAUGAAUGAUACUAAUUGCUACAUUGGGAGGGAUUUCCACUGAGUAUUUGGGCUCUAGAUUCCAGCUAAUGCCAAGAGGCCAUUGUACAAAACCCACGCAGCUAAGAACAGAAGAAUAAGAAAUAUUUUUAUACUCCUAAUGACGAAAAUAUUUCUUUCUCAAGUCAUUAAUUAGAAAGGGAACAUUUUGUAUUCUGAAGGUGAAAUGGUAGGUCAGUACUUUAUAGUUUAAAAAGUUAUAAUCGCCUAUAUAAGUAGUGUAGUACUAUGGUGUGCUGCUGCUUUGCCCUGUACUGUUGGGGAUAAACAACUUUGGGGGUUGCAAAGAUGAAUGAACUGGCUUACAUGUUUGGAGCUUUACAAGUAAGAUGUGAGGAUUCAGUCCGUGGGCCAGGAUAUUGUAGCUUUCUCAUGGCCAGUAAAAUGAUGGUGGGCAUUCGGGGAUCUGUUGAGGGUGUGUGCUCAGUUACUAUUGCAUUGUUUAGGUGAUCGGCGUCCACUGGAGACUCCAGGAUCGAGAGGAGAAUUGCCAUUGGUUUUGGUGCUUUUCAUAUUAGGCCUUUUUCUUCCUUAUGAUAGUAUACAACUGAGUUGACUUCCUACGUAGAAAAGACUGCACCUGGCAGGAGACUCUCAUUUGUGAUGCUAAAACAGAGUAUCGAUAUUCUUCAUUAUCUCCUCUGCCCUAGAACCCAUCUCCGUGCUCUUCCUCUAAGAGCUGGAACUGAAUAGGAGAGAAAAAAACAUGGGAAAGAUGGAUGUGUACACCUACCUUACACAAAAGAUGAAAGAUGUGGCUGAUGAGGGGACUCCUGACGUCACAGGGAAACUUGCUAGUUCUUGAUUCCAUAAAUAAGCAAUGGUAGCCGAUUUCAUUAGUUACCCCCUUGUUUAAUUUUUACUCUUCCCCUUGCUCUUUAGUACUAUGCAGUCCUUUUUAUGCAUAUCUGACCUUUAUGGUGUAUGCCAUUUUUCCUUCCAAACAGCAGGCAAAAACCUUUUUGAACUUUAGCAGCCCAUAAUUAAUCAAGUGGAAGGGAGAGACAGGGAAGGAGAGGCAGGUAAUCAGUUUCCUUUAACAGAACUCUGCUCAUAUCUGACUUUGCAUAUCAGAUUUUAAUUCAAUGGUGCUGAUGUAACAGUGUCUUGCUUUCUUCAUUUGUACAGUUAGCAAGAACAAGUGUGAGUGUGUGUGUACCUGUGCACGUGUGCAUGGUGAGCAAUGACAAAAAAGAAAACAAAUGCAGAGUUGUUUAUUUAAUGUAGUAAGCAUCCCUAAAUAAAGGCACCUACCUGAACACACAGGGCACAUUCCACUUGGUGCAACAUGAAGUCCAGGUGUUUCUCUCUGAAACCUGUUCACAUUCCGCAUCACUGAGCACUUGUAAAACUGUAGUGAGAAUUGCUGUCUGAAGUCUGUCCUAUUAGCAAUUUUCGACUGAAAGUUGUUGCACUGUGUCAUUUUGUGUGUAAGCAUAAAUCGUCUGGCCUUUCUGUAGGACAGCUCUGGCUUGAUACAAAAAGAAAAAAAACAGCUUUAGGUUUUAUUGUAUCUUUGGGUGUCAUUUUUGUUAUGCAGAAGUAUGGCUUUGAAUUUUGUUUUGUUUUUAAAUGGGGAAAGUUAACCUUAAAAAGUGGCCCCUGGGAGCUGACAGCUCGAGGAACAUGAUUUGUUGAGCUGGUCUUCUGGGAGAGGAUCUAAAGGUCCCCCCUUCCCCGGGAGCACUACUGCCCUUAGCUGCUCCACGACGUGAUGUUAAGUACAUCGCAGUUUCCCGGAGAUUCCCUUGGCCCUCUGAGGGUAAAUUACCUGGUGUUACCAUCUUGAAGACAAAUACAUAUCCAGGGCCAAAGCCUUGGGCCGUGCAAAACAAUAACUUGUGACUCUGAGUCACUCUGCGUGUGACUCCCCCGAGGCAUUUCAGCUGAUCUUGUCCUUUCCCUCUGUUCAUGUGGAAAAAAUAUGGGUUUGUGCAAACAUUUAAAACUGUCUGAGAUGAAAAGGACAGGGUUACUAGUGAAAAAGCACACACCUCUAUGCUCUUUGGUAAAUUGCAUUGGAGCCUCUUCUGACUGCAGAUAUCUCUGUUCUUUUGCCAUAAGUUUGUUUAACUCUGUGUAUGUGUGUUCAGUGGCCUCUCUAUUUUUGUAUAAGCGCUGUCAUCUGGAUAUGGUCCAACCUGAUUGUUCACACUGCAAACAUGUCCAUUGGGUGGAAAAAAAUUGCUGUUUUUCCUUUUUAAAUUGUCUGCUUGAUUCUACGAGAGAACAGACUACCUGCUUUUGUAGCCUAAACAUGUAUGUAGCUAAGUAUGUUAUGCUUUUCAUUUCUUGCAAAUAAAUAUUUUCUGUAGAAAAAGCAA